AUGGAUGCACCGUUGGCGGCAGGGCCUGUUCGCGUAUAUCCGCGGCUUGUGAGCAACACGAAUUCAUUGAGAGAAGAAAAAGAAACAGAAGAUUUGUAUUCUUACUUAAAAGCUGUGGCGGCAGCAGCAGCUGAGGGUGGAGACAGUGCAGCAGCAGCAGCAGCAGCAGCAGCAACGGGGAAUGACAAAGAUGCUGCAGCAGCAGCAGCAGCAGCAGCAGCUUUUCAAUAUCACCACCGCAGCUUGAGUGCUACAGAAGAUACGCAAAAUAUCGACAGCUUCCCUCCUUUGCUGCCACCAAGAAAGAAGAAAAACAAACAAAACAGCAGACUUCAAGAAGGAGACAAACAAAAACAAACUGCAGCAGCAGCAGCAGCAACAGCAGCAGGAGAUAAAGAGCCUGCAGGAGAGAAAGAGUAUCGAAGCAAACAAAUAGAGACAGAGACAGCAGCAGACGAACGAGCAGAGAAAGGCAAAGGAGACAAAAAAGAGACAAAGACACACGCAGAGACAGACUCAGAAGCAGAGAUAGAGAUAAAGAAACAGAAAGCAACAGAGACAGAGACAGAGUCAGCAAGAGAUAAAGAUUUAGAGAGAGCGACAACAAAAGAAUUAGAGACAGCGACAGGAAAAGAAUUAGAGACAGAGACAGAAGGAGACACCCGUCGAUUAGAUGUCUGCCCUGACGAGGUCUCAGAAGAAGAAGAGGAAAAGAGAAAUAAAAUAUUAGAUAAAGCAGGCUUUACUACAGAUAUGGUGUGCGACAUAGAGGGGGCAGGCGGUUCUAGAAGAGAGACAAUCAACAUAAGAGAAGAAAGAAAGAAAAAUAAAGCUGCCUAUACACCGCAGCUUCUUCCUUUUAUUCUACCUCCUCAGCUGCUGCCCCCCAACUCCCCAGACUGUCACGGCGAUGUCUUCUGUGGGGAGAUAUACUGUCUGCUCUUCGACUGUAACGAAGGAAAGAAAAUAUAA